GUCUUUACGUCGAUUACGUUGCAAUCGUCUCGGUUACGUUGUAUGAUGUUGCCGGAUGAAAUUUUGAUGUACUUCCAAAGAGUUUUUCUUAGAUUUCUAAUAUUUUCAGCUUAUUUCAAUGCUUUUUAUUUUAAAUGGGCAACAUCGGAAUUGUUUACAUUUUGGUUUUGCUUAAAAGUGUUUUGGUUGUGUUGCGGAAAGAAAUAUAAGGAAAAUUAAUUUUUAAAAAUGUAUGCUGCUAUAGCGCUAAUGGACGCCGAGGAAUCCGAAGAAAGGGAAAGGCGAAUACAGAGGAGGAGAUUGCGAGACCACACCAAUGUAAUGGAACUACCUGAGACUGAAUUUGUUGCAAAUUUCCGAAUCAAUAAAGAAAUAUUCCAAUACAUAUUAAACGAAUUAAAAGAGCACAUGGCUCCAUCACAUAGAAGCACCCACCUAUCGCAGUUACCAAAAAUUUGUUGGUAACGAAAAUAUUUCGUCGAUGGGGCAGUCAACUGCAGCCAACGUGAUCAGGGAAUGCCUAAAUAUUUUUGAGGACCAUUUUUGCCAGAAAUGGGUGAAUUUUAGGAGAAACAUCGAUGAGGAAAAUGCAGUUAAAGAAUAUUUCUUUGAGAAAUACGGAAUACCUGGGGUUAUUGGUUGUGUUGAUGGAACACACGUUCGUAUUAAGUCGCCAGGAAGUGACAACCACCAUUUAUACCUCAACCGCAAGGGUUUUUACAGUCUUAAUGUAAUGGCGAUAUGCGAUCACAACAUGGUAAUCACAUUUGUUGACGCUAGGCAUCCAGGGGCGAAUCAUGAUUUAUUUGUUUGGAAUGUGAGUCACGCAGAACAGGAGCUAAAAUCUGAUUAUAACAAUGGAAAAACCAACACAUGGCUACUCGGUGAUUCCCUUGCAGCCAUACUUGAUGACGCCAUUCAGAAGCGCAGCCGAUGAAAUUCAACGAACUUACAACACAAAGCACUCGAAAGCUCGUAAUGUAAUUGAGAGAUGUUUCGGUGUUUUGAAAAACCGAUUUCGAUGUAUAAUUGGCUCGAGAGGGCUACACUAUUCACCAGAAAAAGUUACACAAAUUGUAAAUGUGUGCUGUGCUAUUCAUAACGUUUGUAUAUUUUUCAAACAUCAAAUUCCAUUGGAGAGCCCAGAUAUGGAGAAUCUUGUUAGU